GUUUGAGGCAAAAUGAGGUUUGUUUUCACACGAGGAUGAAGAAGUCACCAGCAGAGGGCCACAGUGAGCCAGGUGAGUGGAAUGUAAAGAGAAAUCUGUGUUUUAUAAACCAAACUCAUUUGAAUUCAUGUCGCAAAGUUCCUCCUGGAUGCUUUUCCAGUCACAAAACCUCACAUACGGGACAAGUAUUCCGGGCUAGUCUGUGUCUGCUGCUUUCAUGUUGGAUUGAGAUUUUCUGUUUUUCUGUCUGCUUCUCCAUAUCUGGCUUAGGUUAGUAUCUCACAUCACAUGCGCUCUGAUUGGCUUAAAGUUUGGACUGAAGGGUAUGUUUUUCACCACACCCGAUGAUAAAUCUUAUUCUAGGCAUUUUGUGCUGUGGAUCAGCUCAGGGCGCACUAAACGGACCCAGCAGGAUUACUAUUUCUUUUUUUUCCCCAUUUUUAAAAAACGAUUCGAAUUUAAAAUACUAAUUUUAGUCACGUUUGGAUCUCGUGAUUGUUGAUGACUGCAGAGAUCUUUCGGGGAUCUACAGUUCAGCUUCUCAUCUUUUAGAACAGAGAAGAAUACCAGUAUUACUGUUAACUCCUGCGUUUUGGUAAAAUAAUAAUAAUAAUAAUAAUCGAAAAAAGACUUCAUACGACAUCAGACAGUAAGAGAGAGAAUACAUUUGAACAUUAAUUUGUUUCUAAAAAAAAAUAUUGCAUUUUCAGACGGUUUGAUUUCUUGUCGGAAAAGAGAGCGUAAAAACGCGCGGCAGCUCUAUGGCGCACAUGUGCAGACAGAUCAUCGGCAGCGCUGCGAGCUGUGUGGGCUGGGUCGGGGUCAUGGUCGCCACGGCCACCAACGACUGGGUGCGGACCUGUGACUACACGGUGGCCACCUGCGUCCGCAUGGACGAGCUGGGCUCCCGGGGACUCUGGGCAGAGUGCGUCAUCUCCCCCUCGCUUUAUCACUGCGUGGCCCUCAACCAGAUCCUCACCCUACCCGCCUAUGUCCAGACAUCUCGCGCUCUGAUGAUCUGCGCAUGUCUGCUCGGUCUCCCUGCGAUGCUGCUGGUACUCAUGUCGAUGCCCUGCGUCAGGCUGCAGAACGACACCUCCGCCAUCAAGCAGCGUCGCGCCAGGGUAGGAGGUGUCCUCUUCAUCCUCAUGGCUUUGUGUGGCAUCAUAUCAACUGUCUGGUUCCCCAUCGGAGCUCACCAAGACGAGGGUCUGAUGUCGUUUGGUUUCUCCCUGUACGCCGGCUGGGUCGGCUCCGCUCUCUGUCUCCUUGGUGGCUCUGUGAUCUUGUGUUGCCAUGGCACCGACCCCAGGACCCCGGGGAGGGAGAACAGCUUCUACUACUCCAGACAGGGGGGCACAGCUAUGCCACUGGACCCCCCAGCCAACCAUGCCAAGAGUGCACGAGUGUGAGGAUGUGGUUUUCUGUCCCUCAUUUUAUAGACUGUAGAUUAACAUACUCAAGUCACACAAGGGCAGCCACUUAGAGAAAUCUCCUCUGCAGCACAAAUAAUCUAAUUGGUUCAAUUAAGCAUGUCUGGGCAGACAAAACUAUUGUUAGGUCAGUUAUUAUAGUGCUGCCUUAUAAAACAUCACCACGUCACAACUUGGACUGAAAUUUAGUGACAUUUUGCGCUGAAUUCUAUCAGAUAAAUAGAAUUAAAGCUGCCAAGUACAACAACUCAAGUUCAACAAAGCCAACAUUUGUUGAUGAAUUAAAUGACAUUAACAUGAAUGCUGUUUCAUUUAAUCGUAGUGAUAAAAUCUUGUAGAUUUUGCAGUCAGUGGUGACACAGACUAGUGUAGCUAUGUUCUUAAAUGUGCAUUUUUUAGGUGACGAACUAGCUUCAUGGCAUUAGCCAAUAGGGUAGCUACGUAGUUGUUUGUUUUUACACAGCUUCAAAAUAUCAAACUGUCAUACUGCUUGUACGUAUUCAUGAGCUCCUGUCUUCUUCAAUUUUGUGACUUUAAUGUUCUUUUAAUGAUUGUUACACUUUAAAUUGCAUGAACACAUUUCUAUAAUAUUUCUUGAAGUACAGAGAAUUAUUUUUUUUUUGUUUAACAAAGACUGAAAUUUCCUGCUCUCAUUUAAUCUCAAUAAAUAGGUAGCUUUAUGUACCAAUAAAAAUGUACCUUUUUGCAGUUCUAAACUUCAUAUUUGCAGUGUAAUCAAUAUGUAUCAAAUGUGUAAGAUUUUUGACUGG